AUUUUGCUAAAGCAAUUUUUAAAAAAUGCCAAGCUUUAAUAACAUUUUUUAAAAAUUCUUAUCAUGCUGGUGCUGCUCUUCAAGAAGAUAUUAUUAAUUCUUUUAUAAAAGGUGGAGGAUUAAAAACUUCAGUUCUUGAAAAUCAAUCAGAAAUUUUUCAAGAUGCUUUAAAUAUUAAAAAUAUUCUUCGUAAUUAUCAAUUUUGGCAAAAUGUAGAGCAAUUAGAAACAAUUCUUGCACCUUCUAAAAGAGCAAUUCAAGCAGUUGAAACUAAAUCAAGCAAUAUAGCAUUAUGUUUUUUAGAAUUAGUUAAAAUGGCAAUUGCAAUUAAAAAAAUUUCUAAUAUUACAGAUUCUAAUUUUAAAACACAAU